CCAAGAUGGCGGCGCCCACAGGGAAAACGUGAAUCUUGUUUCAAUCCAGGUGUUAAGAGAAGUCCAACAUCAUGUCGCGGUUAAUUGUGAAGAAUCUACCGAGCGGGAUAAAAGAAGAUCGGUUCAGGGACCUUUUUGCUGCAUUCGGCACUCUGACCGACUGUAGUCUGAAAUACACAAAAGAUGGCAAGUUCAGAAAGUUUGGUUUCGUUGGCUACAGUUCAGAAGAUGAGGCCAACACUGCUCUAAGCCAUUUUAACAAGAGUUACAUCGACACAUCCAGAGUCUCGGUGGAGUUGUGUAAAUCAUUUGGCGAUCCUGCGAAGCCCAAAUCAUGGAGCAAACACUCCCAGAAAGAAGUCAAAGAUUCUAGAACAGAGAAAGAAUUAAAACAGAAACCUGCUGACACUAAGAAGGGCAAAAAGAACACAGAGUUGGAAGAAUUGCAAAAGGAUGAAGAAUUCAAAGAGUUCCUCUCUGUGCAUCAGAAUAGAAGCAAGACCGCAACCUGGGCGAACGACACCCAGGACAUUAAAGUCAAAAAUGAAAAAAGCCGGUCCAAGGAUGACUACCUGAAUUUUGACUCUGAGUCAGAACAAGACUCAAGUGAGGAAGAGGAAUGGGGUGAAGAUGGCUCUGUGUCCGCAGAAGAGGAGGAAAAGCUUGCUCUACGUACAGAGAUAUCCGACAUGGAAUACCUUAAGUCCAAGGUAGUGAAGGAUACACAUCUCUCCUCUUCCGGAGAGGAGGAAGAGACACAGCUCAUCCAAGAGAAGGAAGUGACAAAGGGGAAGCCAGAACAAAAAGAUGAACCUCAGAAGAACAAUGAAAAGAGCAGAGGAACCAAAAAAGAGAAGCCACCUCUUCAGAAUGAACCUACAACACCUUUUACUGUGAAGCUGAGGGGCGCCCCAUUCAAUGUGACAGAAAAAAAUGUGCAGGAGUUCCUGACGCCACUGAAGCCAGCUGCCAUCAGAAUUGUGCGGAAUACUUAUGGCAAUAAGACUGGUUAUAUCUUUGUGGACCUUGGAAGUGAAGAGGAACUACAGAAAGCUCUAAAAAGGAAUAAGGAUUACAUGGGUGGGCGAUACAUUGAGGUUUUUCGUGAUGAACGACCGAAAGGAACUCAACGCGCCGAGAAACUCCAAAACAGACCAUGGGAACAGAAAGAGAAGACUGCAGAGGAGUUGGAGGACGUGUCAGAGUCUGGAAGGCUCUUUGUUAGAAACCUUCCAUAUAGUUGCACUGAGGAUGACCUGGAAAAACUCUUCUCUCAAUAUGGUCCUAUCUCUGAGAUCCAUUUUCCCAUUGACAGCUUAACCAAGAAGCCCAAGGGUUUCGCAUUUGUUACUUUCCUCAUCACAGAGCACGCAGUGAAAGCAUAUGCGGAGGUGGAUGGAAAAAUCUUCCAAGGCAGAAUGCUGCAUGUUUUACCCUCCACUGUAAAAAAGGAGGAAGAAGGAGAGGCUGGAGCAGAUUCCUCGUCAUACAAGAAACAGAAGUUUUUAAAGGACAAGGCCAACAGUUCAAGUUCACAUAACUGGAAUACGCUGUUCAUGGGAACCAGCUCGGUGGCAGAUGUGAUUGCGCAGAAGUACAACACCACCAAAAGUAAAGUACUGGAUCAUGAAGGGAAAGGAAGCAUGGCUGUGAGAGUUGCAUUGGGUGAAACCCAACUGGUGCAGGACAUGAGGCAAUUUCUAACUGAAAAUGGAGUCAGUCUAGAUUCAUUCAGCCAGGCUGUAGGACCACGCAGUAAGACUGUGAUUCUGGUAAAGAACCUCCCAGCAAACACGCAGGUGGCAGAACUGCAGGAGGUGUUUGGACGAUUUGGUGACCUUGGGCGUUUAGUCCUGCCAGAAGGGGGGAUCACUGCUAUUGUGGAAUUCCUUGAACCAACCGAAGCAAAGCGGGCAUUCAAUAAACUUGCAUACACAAAGUUUCAGCAUGUUCCUCUUUACCUUGAGUGGGCUCCAAUGAAUGUGUUCAGCACUCCACCCACCCAGAAGAAAGCUGAAGCUAUAAUAGAGGCAGUGCCAGGAAAAGAGAAAGCUAAAGAGGACCAUGAUGUAGAGGAUGCAGAAAGCCAACCACAGAAUAUCCCAAAAUCACAAGAAAAAGAGGAAGAGGAAGAAGAAGAAGAGGAGGAAGAGGAGGAGACUGUUCCAGGCUGUACUUUGUUUGUGAAAAACUUGAAUUUUAGCACCAAUGAGGAAACCCUUAAAGAGGCCUUCUCAAAGGUUGGGGCUGUAAAAAGCUGCAGCAUAUCCAGAAAAAAGGACAAAAAAGGUUCUCUUCUAUCUAUGGGUUUUGGAUUUGUGGAAUACAGGAAGCCAGAGCAAGCACAAAAAGCUCUACGACAGCUACAGCAUUGCACAGUCGAUGGGCAUCAGCUGGAGAUCAAACUUUCUGAAAGAGCAUCCAGACCAGCAGAGACAACAGUGCGCAAAAAGCAGAUUUCUAAGAAGCAGCAAAGUUCUAAGAUUCUUGUUAGGAACGUUCCUUUCCAGGCUACUGUCCGUGAGAUUCGAGAAUUGUUCAGCACAUUUGGUGAGCUGAAAACCGUACGUCUGCCCAAGAAAAUGGCUGGCACUGGGGCUCAUCGUGGUUUUGGAUUUGUUGACUUUGUUACCAAACAGGAUGCAAAGAGAGCAUUCAAUGCCCUGUGUCACAGUACCCAUUUGUAUGGGCGAAGACUUGUACUGGAGUGGGCAGAGGCUGAGGAGAGUCUGGAGACACUGAGACGAAAAACAGCCGAAAACUACCAUGCAACCCCCAAAAAGAAAAAGAAGGCUGCUGAAGUGAUGGACGAUUUUAUGGAGAGCAUGGAGCCAGAUAGUUUGGAUGAAUAGGAUAUGGAUUCACGCUCGCAAGCAGAUCAACUGGUACAGCUGGCAGGACCAUGGCUUUUUAGAGGGCACAAUUGCUCUUCAAACCCGUAUGCAUGUAGAUGUCCAGCCAGGGUGAAGGACAUUUGCCCUUUUUUUUUUUUUUUUUACCUUGUUAUGGUUGUAUAUUGAAAGUUUGAGAAGUGUGACAUAAACACGAAGGCUUAUACUGUUCCCUCUUGGGCAGGUGGUGUUAAUCAUCAAUCCACAGAACAUUUUAUAUAUAGCAUGAAUGUAUAUAUCUUUUUUUACGAUUACUUAAGAAUUUUCAACAAAUAUACAUCAGUAUAGCAAUAAAGACUAAAUAACAUUUCAAAAGUUUAAGCCACGGAGCGUCCUGAUUAUGGGUGAAUUAGCUUAAAAUAAUAAGUUAAAGAUGUAUAAUUGAACAGAUGAGAAUUUGCAAAUGUAUGUAUAAUAUUUAUAACAUGCGUCAUGUUUGUGCUAACUGUUGUGAAAAAGCACUAAAAAAAAGUUCCCUUCACUUGUGUUUAAAAAGUAACAUUUUGUUGUACUGUUAUAUUUAAAGGCACCAUAACAAUGUAUGCUCCUUAAAUAGAUUGCAUGGAGAUCCAUAUUAUUUGAGACUUACAGCAAAGAAAGAAUUGCUCUAGCAACAACUGUCUCUCUCAUCGCUUUUAGUGAGCCUGCAGUAGAACAAGCUCUGUUCAUGAAAAAACAUGAAUGAAGCUGCUUGGUAAAGUAACUGAAAUCAGUCAUAUGUUCAGGGCUCACAUUGAAAACAGUGCUCAAUUGGCUGAGAUGUUCCAGCCAUUUCUUGAUUAUGAGGCAGAGUGCACUAGGGCUUUCCUAAAAGUGUCAGCUUGUCAAUGGUAAGCAGUUUUAUUUAAUUUAUCAUUUUUAUUAAUUGGGGGGGGGUAGGCGGUGUUGGUAAAUGGAUAUUUUAAUGGAAAUAUGGGGUGACCAUUCCAAAGACAGACUCCAUAAUGAUGCCCCCACCCUUUAUAAUGCAUUCUUGACAAAUCUAAGGAAAAAAAGGAAGUGACCUUACCACUACUCCCACGAAGCGCAGUAGGGAGUCAUAGGAUAUAUGUUUUAGUCAUGAUUGAAAGUACUGAGCUGCCAAGCAGCUUAUAAUAACUUACCAAGUAGCUUAAUUCUUUUUUGCAAAUGAACAUACUCAAACUCUGCUUGUAGUUUCUAUUAAACUCCUGCAUAGCCAGUUAGGAAGUUGCUUAAAUAAGGGUCUACUCUGAUGUGAGGUUACUUAAAUGAGUACCAUUGAGUUGAUUAAAAAGGGUUUGUUUAACCCAGGAGGAAUAUGAAAAAAGCCAGAUCUAAACAUAACCAAAUUUUACUGUGUUAUUUAUCCUCUUCCUUAAUCACCCACACUUUUCUCACGAUGUGUGCUCUACUCUUUUUGCACAAUGCUGCCAUAAUUUCCUUUUCACCAUGUGCAGUGAAGGGCCCUGGAUGUGUGCUCUCUAAUGCUGAAGGUCAAGGAAAGAUAGGGAUCAUGCAAAGAGACUAAAUAGAUAAACGAAACAGUGUGUAGAAGCUGAACUUGGCCUUACUGGAAUUUAAAUAUCAUGCAAAAAAGUAAACAUUAAAACAAAAUGGUAGACAAAAUGCACCGUCCACUCAUCUGUAACAAUAUACAAAUAGCCCAGAGAUGACAGAUUCAGUUCAGUAACUUUGAACCUGACAAACGUGACUUGUUUUAAGUCGCUUUACAAUGACUGAAUAGUACACCACUCUUCCCGUGUUGUCAUCUGGAUUGCAAACCAGAAGAUGUGGAAAUUUAAAUUCAUGCUGUUAAAAAAAAAAUAAAAAAAGAAAUUCUUCAUUGGUAUAAAUCUAUUUUUAUAUGUACUAUGACGCAUGUCUGUUUAGUAUUAACAUUCACGUAUUUAUUUCUAUAUCUACUUGCAAAUAUUUGCAGAUUGUGUUUGCAUUUCUACCACUGACGUGUUACUGUGUGUUAACCUGCCAAGAUGGUCUUGUGAUUUUGCAACCAUGUUCUCCAAUGAUAUUGCAGAAUUUACAAAAUCUGUAAUUUAAUAGUAAAAACAUCAAUAAAUUGAUGCAAAUACAAAA